AUGAAGCUCGUUGGAAAGUUCAUUGACAAAACUGCCUCAGGGCAUGUAACCUUACGACCAGAGGACGACGAGGAUAUGUGGCAUUUGUACAACCUCAUUCAAAACCAGGGUGAUCAUGUUCGAGCACCAGCCAUUCGCCGGAUACAAAACGUCUCCGCAACAGGGUCCACCGAGUCCCACCGAGUCCGUUUGAACCUCACGCUUGCAGUCACGCGUGUCGCCUGGGCUCCAUCGACAACAGCCGCGGCAGAUGCCACACCGUCCGCAGCAUCUUCAGCCGGUCAGCAGGAGUCGACCGCAGGGCUGCAUAUCACUGGUCGUGUUACAUCAGAGAACCCGCACGUCAAAAUGGGCGCAUUCCACACGCUCGACAUAGAGGCAAACAGGGAUGUGCGCAUUGAGAAGGAGGACGGUUGGGAUAGCAUUGCCCUUGGCCGGGUGCAAGAAAGCUGUGUACCAGGGCGCGGUGCAGAGGUCGCUGCUCUAGUGUGCGGCGAAGGAACGGCUAUUUUUUGCUUACUGUCUGAACAUAUGACUGUAGUUUUACAACGACUGGAGGUCCCAAUACCGCGCAAGAUCGCAACAGGGACCUCAGCCCAUGAAAAAGGCCUACAACGCUUCUAUUCUACGCUCUACGCAUCCUUCCUCCGACAUAUACCAUACUCCGCCCCAUCCUUGCGUGCUAUCGUGAUUGCAUCCCCAGGCUGGGUGCGCGACGCCGUGCUCGACUUCAUCAUGGCGGAGGCCAGCAGAACGGGAAACAAGCCACUGAUGAGCGUCAGGAACAAGUUCGUCAAGGUGCAUGUGAACAGCCCACACGUGCAUAGCUUAGUGGAGGUGCUGAAGAGCCCAGAGAUCGCGUCACAGCUCAAGGAGACAAAGUUUGCCCGUGAAGGCAUCAUGCUCGACAGAUUCUUCAAAAUGCUUGGAACUGACGAGAUGCGCGCGUGGUAUGGACCCGACCACGUUGCGCUUGCAGUGGAUCGCGGCGCCGUGGGUACACUGUUGAUCUCUGACGAACUAUUCCGAGCGAGUGACCCCGAGCUGCGGAAGAAAUACGUCUCGCUCGUUGAAGAUGUCCGUUCGCGGGGCGGGGAGGUACUCAUAUUCUCGAGUAUGCAUGAGUCGGGACAGCAACUCAAUCAGCUAUCAGGCAUUGCGGCGAUCCUGACAUACCCACUAGAUGUCGAGAUCGUAGAAGCAGAAGAACGAGAUGCUAAAGAGGAAGAGGAAAGGCAAAAGGCUGAAGAAAAUGGAAAAGCAACAUGA